AUGGCGCUGAGCAUACGGAAAGCGAUCGGGGUGGUCAAGGACCAGACGAGUAUCAGCAUAGCGAAGAGGCUUGAAUUGGCUCUUUUCGAGAGAAAAGGGAAAAAUGGUGGUGGUAGUAGCAGUAGCCAUCAGAGCAAUGGGGACGAUGGAUAUGGUCGGUCCAGGGAUGAUUUUCGGUCUCCGCCUCCAAGAACUUAUGAUUAUGAGAAUGGGAAUGGUUAUGGUAUGCCUAAGAGGUCUCGUUCUUUUGGAGACAUGAGUGAGAUUGGUGGAGGAAGAGACGAGAACAAAACGGUUACUCCUCUAAGAGAUAUGCCUCCCGAGAAGAUUUUCGGGAAGAUGGGUCACUUGCAGAGGCUGCUUGAUCGGUUUUUAUCCUCUCGACCUACCGGUUUAGCCAGGAGCAGCCGGAUGAUCCUGAUCGCGAUGUACCCGAUUGUGAAAGAGAGCUUUGGGCUUUAUGCUGACAUCUGCGAGGUCUUGGCUGUUCUUCUCGACAAGUUUUUCGAUAUGGAGUAUACGGAUUGCGUCAAGGCCUUUGAUGCUUAUGCUAGCGCGGCUAAACAGAUUGAUGAGCUCAUUGCGUUUUACCAUUGGUGUAAAGACACAGGUGUGGCGAGAUCCUCUGAGUAUCCCGAGGUUCAGAGGAUCACGAGCAAGUUGUUGGAGACACUAGAAGAGUUUGUGAGAGAUAGAGCCAAGAGAGCCAAAAGUCCCGAGCGGAAAGAGAUUGAAGCUCCUCCUCCUCCUCCUACGGUUGAGGAGCCAGCGGUUGAUAUGAACGAGAUCAAAGCGCUUCCUCCUCCAGAGAACUACACUCCUCCACCUCCACCUCCACCCAAACCAGAGCCGGCUAAACCGCAGCAACCGCAAGUAACUGAUGAUCUGGUUAACCUGAGGGAUGAUGCCGUCACUGCUGAUGACCAAGGGAACAAGUUUGCUCUCGCUCUUUUCGCGGCUCCUGCCAGUAGCAACGGGAAAUGGGAAGAUUUCUCAUCCGACAACGGCGUGACGUCGGCUUGGCAGAAUCCAGCAGCAGAGCUCGGGAAGGCGGAUUGGGAACUGGCAUUGGUCGAGACAGCUAGUAAUCUAGAGAAUCAGAAAUCAGCAAUGGGAGGUGGUCUAGACCCAUUGUUGCUAAACGGGAUGUAUGACCAAGGAGCUGUGAGACAGCAUGUGAGCACCUCGGAGUUAACCGGUGGAAGCUCAAGCAGCGUAGCGCUCCCUUUACCGAGUAAAACCAACAGCCAGAUACUGGCACUCCCUGCACCUGAUGGAACGGUUCAGAGAGUGAACCAAGACCCUUUUGCGGCUUCCCUAACCAUCCCGCCUCCUUCGUAUGUGCAAAUGGCUGAGAUGGACAAAAAGCAACAUCUACUGACUCAGGAGCAGCAGUUAUGGCAGCAAUACCAGCAAGAAGGAAUGAGAGGUCAAGCUAGCUUGGCUAAGAUGAGUCCAGCCCCAGCCUCAAUGCCUUAUGGGAUGCCGCCGGUUAACGGAAUGGGACCGCCGCCGAUGGGGUAUUACUACAACAACCCUUACUGA